GCCGCUGAUGAGUUUUCCAUAGAUAUUGGGUACCAGAUGCUUCCGUCGACCUCACCGAUGGUAUUAGCUCCGCCGACGAGAUACCUAAAGAUUGAGAAGGGCUCUCUCACUGGUCCUUUCCAACGAGAGACUGAUAGGUAUUCAAGACAGCGUCUCUCACCGGCAAGGUCACCUUUAGGACAUGCUAACGUCGAUGACAGGUCGAUGACAGGACGACAAAGAUUCACUCGUUCCAAUGAGAGACGAGCAGUUCAGGAGAAAGCUCCGAGUCAACGAGAGACUGGACCCCGUACUCCUGCACCACAGGCAGCGGUCCCAGCGCCAGCGUCCCACUGCUCCUCAACUCGCCCCAGAGCGGAUCCAGAGGCGGGAGUUGAUGGUUGUUCAGCCAAGCGCGGGCGGUGUUGGACAUGGCGCCAAGGUGAAAGUUGUGUUGUAGAAGCCGCGGCCGGAGGUGUUGGUGAUGGAGUCGGAGAUGGCGUUCCAGGGCUGGAGAGAGGGGAUCUCGUCGUAAGGGUGUUGGCGAAUGCUAGAGUGCAUGUGGCUGGCUUUGCUGCCGCUCUCCUGCCAGUCAGGCAGGUCUGCAUGCUUGGACUUGCUGGAAGCUUCGCCGUGAUGGAAGCCUAUGAUCGUACUUUGAUUGCCUGCCAAGGACAAAGGGAUGAUAGUAGACUUCUCAGUCUGUUCAUACUCGCGGAUAGCCUCGAUGGCUCCAGUCCAGGCAUCGUAGAAAUACGGCACGCCGGUCGUCUCGAACGUCACGGAUCCACUCGAGCUUCCGAGCCCCAACUCACUGUCCCAAGCAUCAUUGUACACGAAAACGUAAGUCUUCUCCGCCUUCUCGUCCUCGCGCCAGUACGUAUACCAAAUACGAUCGGCAUCGAUUCUUGUGCGAGGAGCAAGGCCCAGGGAGAUCAGAGAUGCGGAUAG